AUGUCAUCUUUCAACUACGACCGUUACGACCGCCGCCAGUCCUCGUCGCGCAACAACCGCUCUGCCCUCGGCUUCUAUGUUCCUCUCAUCCUUACUGUUACCGUUGCGACUGCUGGUCUAGCUGCUUGGGUAUGGAGUUCGCGUGAGGAUAGCCGGGAUUAUAAUUCCGACGACGAUUUGUCUUAUGGCGAGGACUCUGCGCAGGAAAGAAGGCAGGGCAGGUCCGCCGUAGGCCGCGAUGUCUCGGGCUUCUCGGCUGCAGAGGCAGGCGGUGAAGGAUGGGGUGAUAGUACCCUACUUGGCCGCGCACAUGGCGUCAUCCGGCGUACACCGUCGCCUCAGCAGCUGUUCGACACUGUAAGCAAGAAGACGGCGGCGGGCUGGGCGGCGGCAGGUGCAGCUGCUGGGGCCGCCUUGGCCUCGAUCCGCGAGGAAGACAGGGACGAGGCUUUUGGCGACCAUUCGCGAUGGAGCGAAGAGGCUACGCUGAGGAGGAACGUGGAGGCGCAGAGCAGAGACAGCGGUGUGGCAGUCGAUACGCACACGAGGAGCUUUGCCGAGACUGUGCGAAAGGCCGAGGGCAGGGGAGACAAGGACUGGGGGAAGAGGAGGACAGUUGUGCUGGUUGUCAGUGCAGAGAGCUUGUCAGAUAUGGACCAUGACAAUGAAGGCUCAUACCGUGAAGAGAAUGCCACCAUCCUCUCCCACCUCCCCAACACUGAUUUUUCGAAAACCAAGCUCUUCGUCCUCAUCUACUCGCCCACAAUGCGCUCGCGCCCCCAAUCUCGUGCAAACUCCCGCGUAAACUCUCGUGCAAACUCGUCGUCGCUCGGCGACUCGUACUCAGCUAUCAGCACGCCUGGCGAUGAGCUCCGCUCCAUGGAUCCCGUCGUCUUCACCCCCGCGCCCAGCACCCGCGGCUCAGAUAACUCGCUCUGGAACUCGCUGCACUCUCAGGCUGUGCGCUUGGUCGAAGACCCAACUAUGGUCAUGCCUUUUAGCACACAGACUGGCUUUGUGCACAUGGUGCGACACCUCGGCCCGGAUCUCGUGUAUGUUGUCGAUGCUCUGAGCGGUGUCAACGGACAGAAUGUCGAGGACAUUAGGAAAUGGGUGGGCCAGACGGUGGUCAUCGUAGGAGGCGACGGCACGGGUCUCGGUGGCCUUGUUGAUACCGACGAUGAGAGUCCGAUGCGCAAGGGCAAGGAGAGCGAGCAUAUCGUCAGGUGGUGGCAGAUCACCGACAUGGUUGGUCUUGGCAAGGGCGUUGAAGUCGUGGAUGCCUCCCGCCUUACAGACGACUAUGAGCGGAGGGUCGGUGGGCGCGAGUAG